CGAUGGUGUCAGUGGUGCGUGUCAGAAGUGGGGUGCAAAUUAAGUGACUCAAUAACGCAGGUGGUGGUGGCGUUUGGCAGGUAAGACAGACAGCCAUUCACCAUCAGUCAUAAGCGCGUUAGGUGAGAACAGGACGUGGCCAAGAACAGGUGUGAGGCACAGCGUGUAUUCAACUAAGAUGGUUCCUACCCUGAAGGAGGCGCUGCAGGACCCCGAGGUUCUCCAUGACCUGAUCCACAACCCCAAAACCUUCAGGUUCAAGGACGGAGCUUCUGUGGUAGCAGCGGUGAUCUCAUGGCCUCCCCAUAUCGCCCUGGUGGAGGUGGACGAGGACUCACUUGAAGGGGGCGCUGUUGGGGGUGCUGGGAGGACGAAGGAGAAUCACAACAAUGAGUUCUCCAUCGUGGGACCCAUGGCCAAUGUCCUCGAUAUUCUGGCUAACAACCUGAAUUUUACGUACAUUCUGACGCAGCCGGCCGACAGAUUGUGGGGGACCAAGCUGUCUAAUGACUCCUGGACGGGCAUGGUGGGCCUCGUCAGUAGACAGGAGGCAGACAUCGCACUGGGGCCUUUCGCACAGACGGAGACCAGGAUGAAGGUGGUGGACUUUACUGAAUCCCUCUUCUUAGACGACCGUAGCAUCCUGGUGAAGAAGGGCGAGCCUGAAAUCGACCCCUGGAGUUUCUUACUGCCCUUGUCCUCUCUGGUGUGGGUAGCGCUCCUCGGGUCUCUGCUGGCGGUGUGGGCAUUAAUGGUGUUAAUGACCCACGGCCUCAGGGAUAAGAGAUACCAUAUUUCUUCCAACAUGAUGGCCUGGGAGAUCCUUUUCUGUCAUUUUCGAAUGCUACUUCACCAAGGUAAGUCAGCAGAGGGGAACAAUGUUUAUAAUUCGCCAGUACAAGGUCGUCCUUGA